AUGCUAUUGGGAAGAAGAGUGGCACCGCAGGUGCUUUCCAGGGCUGGGAGGACCCAGCUCAGGUCGUUUGUAUCGCAGAAAGAGCCAUAUGAAACUGUCACUUUGUCUAAUGGAGCUCGAAUUAUCACAAAUCCCUUGCCCAGUCAUUUUUCAUGUUUGGGUGUAUAUAUCAAUGCUGGCUCAAGGUAUGAGCCCGAAGCACUUGUUGGCACAUCCCACUUGAUUGACAGAUUGGCCUUUAAAACCACUGCCUUCAGUUCUGACAUGGAUAUCAAGUCUGCUUUGGAAUCCUUGGGAGGGAACUAUAUGUGUGCAUCGUCCAGGGAAUCGCUCAUGUACCAAGGGUCUGUCUUUAACGAAGGAGUAGAAGAAAUGUUUAAACAUUUUGCCGAUACCAUAACCUCACCUCUUUUGCUCGAUGAAGAGAUUGAGGAGCAAGUCAAUAUCGCAUACUACGAAAUUAGUGAAAUCAACAAGAAACCUGAAGUUAUCUUGCCAGAAAUUUUCCAUUCGACUGCUUUUAGUAAUAAGACCUUGGGUUCUCCAUUAUUAUGCCCAGUUGAAAACUUGCCUAAUAUUAACCAUAAUUUGCUUUACAACUACAGAAGCCUAUUUUUCAAGCCUGAAAAUACUGUGUUUUCCUUCAUCGGUGUUGACACUGAUAAUGCAUUGAAACUAGUUGAAAAAUACUAUAGUAACAACUUGGAAAACAAAGGAAACUUUGAGUCUUCUAACAUGGGCUUGCAAGUGAAUAAGGAUUAUGCUCAUUAUACUGGUGGCGAAACCUCGUUGCCCUCAAUUCCAAAUCCUGCCAGUCCCCAGAAAUUCUCGUAUCUCCACAUUGGUUUUGAAGGGCUUUCGAUCGACGACCCAGAUAUCUAUGCUGCUGCCAUUUUACAAACUUUGCUAGGUGGUGGUGGUUCCUUCUCUGCUGGUGGCCCAGGAAAGGGGAUGUACUCGAGAUUGUACACACAGGUGCUCAACCAGUAUGGCUACAUUGACAAUUGCGUAGCAUUCAACCAUUCGUACAUUGAUUCCGGUUUGUUUGGUAUUUCUGCGUCGUGUUUGGAGAAUGCUGAACCGUACUUGGUGGAAAUAGUGUGUCGUGAAUUGGCUCACACCUUUGAAGAUGGCAAACAAGGUCUAAAGCCUAAGGAGUUCCAAAGAGCCAAAAACCAGUUGAAGUCCUCGUUACUCAUGAAUUUGGAAAGCAAAAUGGUGGAGCUUGAGGAUAUUGGAAGACAGGUGCAAAUACUCGGCAAGAAAACACCACUCUUCGACAUCAUUGGCAAAAUCGAAGCUGUGUCGUUGCAGGACGUCAAGAACGUAGCCAAAAGAAUCCUCACAGGCAAUGCUCAAAACAAGGGCAAUGGCACUGGAAGACCAACCAUUGUUCUCCAAGGCAACAGAGAGGCCUUUGAUGAUGUGGAAGGCACCUGCAAACGCUACGGGUUGGGACGCUUCACACCCAGCGAAAGCACCAAAGAACCAAAGAAGAAGUGGUUUUUCUGA